CCGCCCUUGCUGCCGCUAUCUUGACGGCGGUGCAGCUGAGUGAUGUUAGCCUGUUUUCUUGGACACUCGUUGCUCUGUUCCACGCUGAUUCCCUGAAGCUCCCCUCAGGAGACCAUGGCCGAACCGGCCUCGGGGUCGCCUCCGUCGUCCCACCCUGACGAUGCUGAACUCCAGCAGCGAGUAGCGGCUCUGGAGAAGGAGCGGGCCGCGUUCAGCAAACGCAAACAGCAGCUGGAGGCAGAGUUCAAUCAGAAACGAGCCAAGUUCAAAGAGCUCUAUCUGUCCAAGGAAGAGGAGCUGAAGAGGCAAACUGUUGCUCUGGACAGCGCCCAGGCUGAGCUCAGCUCCAUCCAGGCCCAGCUAGAUCAGGCUCGGGCUGAAAUCGAGACCAUCAAAGCGGUGGCGACUGUGUCAGAACACACCAAACAGGAAGCCAUCGACCAGGUCCGCAGCCAGUGGCAGGAGGAGGUGGCCUCGCUGCAGGCUAUAAUGAAAGAAACCGUCUGCGAGUACGAGGUCCAGUUUCACCAGCGACUUGAGCAGGAGCGAGCGCAGUGGAACCAGUACCGAGAAACAGUGGAGCGGGAACUUGGUGAGCUCAGACGCCGACUGAAUGAGGGUCAGGAAGAAGAAAACCUCGAAGACGCGAUGAAGAAAGCCCAGGAGGAUGCUGAGAAGCUGCGGUCUGUGGUGAUGCCCAUGGAGCAGGAGAUCGCUGCCGUGAAGGCCAAACUCAUCAUUGCAGAGGACCGCGUGAAGGAGCUGGAGGCCUCCAAGGUGCAGGAGCUGAACCAUGUUCUGGAGGCUGAGAAGUCGUGUCGGACAGACCUGGAGAUGUAUGUGGCCGUGCUGAACACUCAGAAAUCUGUUCUGCAGGAAGAUGCAGAGAAACUGCGGAAAGAGCUUCACGAUGUGUGUCACAAGCUGGAGUUGGAGCGACAGCAACACAACCAGCUGAAGCACACAUGGCAGCGAGCAAAUGACCAGUUCCUGGAGUCUCAGCGGCUCCUGAUGAGAGACAUGCAGAGGAUAGAGAGCGUGUUGUCCUCAGAACAGCUCCGCCAGGUGGAGGAGAUGAAGAAGAAAGACCAGGAGGAGGAUGAAAAGCGGAGGCUGAAACGGGUGAAGGAGACGCAGGAGGAGGACAGAGGAGAUGGCACAGAGCCUCUGGAGGACUUGUUCCUUGGGAUGAGUGUUGAGGAGCCUCAUGCUAACCACAGCGCCCACGGCUCAAUGCACUCCUUGGAUGCCGACAUGGUGGUCGGGGGCCCCGCUGACCCGUACAAAGAGAAUCUGCGCAGAGUCCAGUCCACAGACAGCCUCGGCUCCUUGCCGUCUGAGCAGCAGGGCCUCGGUGGCUACAACCACAAAGCGAAGUCAGCCAGCCACCUGGACGAGUCAGAGUUUGGACCCUUGGUGGGUGCUGACUGCGGGGUUCUGGACUCUAGUUUUGGUGACACCUUGUCGAUUAGCUCAAUCAAACUGACAGCGAGCCAGUUCUUGUUGACUAAAGAUCAGGAGAAGGCCAUCAAGGCCAUGACGCCCGAGCAGGAGGAAACGGCGUCCCUGUUGUCCAGCAUCUCGCAUGCUCCUGACUCCACCUACUUACCGCCUUCAGGCUACCGGCUGGUCAGCGACAGCAAGUGGAACCUUCUUCAGCAAGAGGUGAAAAAUGCUGGCAGGAAGCUCGGCCGACGUUGUGAUAUGUGCUCCAACUACGAGAAGCAGCUGCAGUCCAUCCAAGCACAAGAGGCGGAGACACGAGAUCAGGUGAAGAAACUGCAGCUGAUGCUACGUCAGGCCAAUGAUCAGCUGGAAAGGACCAUGUCUGAGAAACAGAGUUUAGAAGAUUCCUUUAAGAUCAGCAACGAGGAAACUGCCACCAAGGUGUUGGCCCUCACUCACAGAGUCCAGGAGUCGGAAGCGCUGCUCGGCACACUACAACAAGCUUUCACUGAUGCCAAGAGGAGCACACAGGAGCAGAUGGCCAUCCUGGUGCACUCCAGGGAACAGGUGGUGGACGAGCUCAGCCGACUACAGAGAGACAACGACAGUCUGCAGGGAAAAUGCAGACUGCACUUAGAACUGCAGGAGGACUUCCAGAUGCCCACGACUGUGCAAGACCUACAGAGUCUGGCGUUGCAUCUGCGGGAAGACCUCGUUGCCGUACGUGCAGCUGCUGAUCACAUGGAGGAGAAACUGAAAGCAGAGAUUCUGUUUCUGAAGGAGCAAAUCCAGGCAGAGCAGUGCCUGAAGGAAAACCUGGAGGACACGUUACAGCUGGAGAUCGAGGGCUGUAAAGAGGAGAUAGACAUCUUGGAAGCGUCUUUCUCCAGUUUGAAGACUGAGCUGGAGCGAGUAAAAACAGAGAAGGAAGAGUUGCAGAACAGUCUCUCAGAGAAGGUUGAGGCUUUGGAGAAGAUCCAGGGCUUGAAGAUGAGUCUGGAGCAGCAGCUCACAGAACUCUCCUCUGCAAAGAGUGCGCUGGAGAGUCAGGUUCUGGACGAGCGAGGCAAAGCUCAGCGGCUGCAGACGGAGCUGGAUGUCAGCGAACAGGUUCAGAAGGAUUUUGUCAAACUGUCUCAGACUCUUCAGGUCCAGCUGGAGCGGAUACGACAGGCCGACUCUCUGGAUCGGAUCAAAGUCAUCCUCAAUGACACCAACUUGACUGACAUCAACCAGCUUCCAGAGACAUGAUACCAUUAAACCCUAGCUCCUUCCAGGUUCAUUCCCGUCGUUCUCGAUCUGACCCUUAAGCUCCUCCUCCCCAGAACAUCCACGGAACUGUUUGGAGGGACACGGACCAGCAUGGCUCCAGGAGUUCCUGGUCUUCUCUGUACAUUAAGAGUGUUGGGACAGAGCAUGAUGAUGAAACGCUACUAAAAAAGUAAAUAAAACGCCCGGACAGAAGGCGUGAAGCUCCUGUGGAUGUGUAUCUCCUUAUUACUGUAGAUAAAUGCGUCUGUUUGCUCAAC